AUGUCUACAAAUGAAAUUGUAAAGAGAAAAUCAAAGCUUUUCCCCUGUACUGAAUGUGAAAAAUGUUUUAACAAUCACUCAAGUCUUGUUGUGCACAAGAGAACUCACACAGGAGAGAAACCGUUCUCAUGUUCAGAAUGUGAAAAAUGUUUUAUCUAUAAAUCUCAACUUGUUGUGCACAAGAGAUAUCACACAAGAGAGAAACCAUUCUCAUGUAUGGAAUGUGGAAAAUGUUUUAUCCGUAAAUAUCAACUUGUAAACCACAACAGAACUCACACAGGAGAGAAACCGUUCUCAUGUACGGAAUGUGGAAAAUGUUUUAUCUAUAAAUCUCAACUUGUUGAGCACAAGAGAUAUCACACAGGAGAGAAACCAUUCUCAUGUAUGGAAUGUGGAAAAUGUUUUAUCCGGAAAUCACAACUUGUAAGCCACAACAGAACUCACACAGGAGAGAAACCUUUCUCGUGUUCAGAAUGUGGGAAAUGUUUUGUUACUAAAUCAGCGCUUAACAACCACCAGAGAAUUCACACAGGAGAGAAACCGUUCUCAUGUACGGAAUGUGGACAAUGUUUUUUCUUUAAGUCAUAUCUUGUUGAGCACAAGAGAAUUCACACCGGAGAGAAACCGUUCUCAUGUACAGAAUGUGGAAAAUGUUUUAUCCGUAAAUAUCAACUUGUAAACCACAACAGAACUCACACAGGAGAGAAACCGUUCUCAUGUACGGAAUGUGGAAAAUGUUUUAUCCGUAAAUCACAUCUCAUAAGACACACCAUAACUCACACAGGAGAGAAACCUUUCUCGUGUUCAGAAUGUGGGAAAUGUUUUGUUACUAAAUCAGCGCUUAACAACCACCAGAGAAUUCACACAGGAGAGAAACCGUUCUCAUGUACGGAAUGUGGAAAAUGUUUUAUCAGUAAAUCAGAACUU